AUGCCGAAAGGACGACGUCCAUACCGGCAUUGUCCGGCGGUCCGGGUCGGGCCUUGGGACCGUCUGGCUGCAUUGCCCGGCGGCUGCCACGAGGCGCAUCCCGGCCGCCUUGUUGUUGGAUGGACGUCUGCUAGGGUGGAGGCGCUAGCAGCACGUGCCCUGAGAUGCUACAAGUGCCUCGAGCUUGGGUACGUGCGGCAAAAGUGCCCCUGCGAGGCGGACCGCAGUGCCGGGUGCUACCUGUGUGGUGGCACCGACCACAGGGCCCGGGACUGCGCGGCGUCUCCAAGCUGCCCGGUGUGCACCGACAUCGGUAGGCCGGCCAAUCACCGGCUGGGCGCCAAGGGCCGUGCCCCUCCGCCGCCGAAGCAGGGAAGGAGGGCUUCCGCGGAGCCUAGAUCGUCGGGGGUGGCGACGCCGGUCAAUGAGCCGGUGGCGGAGGCGCGGGCACAAGCGCCCGCUGAGAGUGAAGGAGGAUCCGACCCUGGGGAGGCCAUGGAUACGGCCUAG